AUGCAUAGAACUUAUUCAUUAAGAUCUUCAAAAGCACCUACUGCUUCGCAAUUGCAAUCACCACCCCCACCUCCAUCAUCAACCAAAAAUAGAUUUUUUGGUUCGGGUGGUUUAUCAUCAUCAAUUAGAAAAGCGGCUGCUGGUGCAACAGGACCAGAAUUGAGUAGAAAAUUAACUCAAUUUAUUAAAAUGGAAAAAAAUUUUAUGAGAGCUGUUGAAGUUACUUCGAGAGAAAGAAAAGAUAUUGCUAAACAAUUAUCAGCUUGGGGUGAAGGUAAUGAUGAUGAUGUUUCAGAUGUUACUGAUAAAUUGGGAGUUUUAAUUUAUGAAAUUGGUGAAUUAGAAGAUCAAUAUAUUGAUAAAUAUGAUCAAUAUAGAAUUACUUUAAAAUCGAUUAGAGAUAUUGAAGGUUCAGUUCAACCAUCAAGAGACAGAAAACAAAAGAUUACUGAUGAAAUUGCUCAUUUAAAAUAUAAAGAUCCACAAUCCCCAAAAAUUCCUGUUUUAGAACAAGAAUUAGUUAGAGCUGAAGCUGAAUCAUUAGUUGCUGAAGCUCAAUUAUCGAAUAUUACAAGAGAACAAUUAAAAGCUGCUUUUAAUUAUCAAUUUGAUGCAACAAGAGAAUUGGCUGAAAAAUAUGCUUUAAUUGCUGGUUAUGGUAAAGCUUUAUUGGAAUUAUUAGAUGAUUCAGCUGUUACUCCAGGUGAAACAAGACCAGCUUAUGAUGGUUAUGAAGCUUCAAAACAAAUUAUUAUUGAUGCUGAAAAUGCUUUAGCUUCAUGGACUUUGGAUUCAGCUGCUGUUAAACCAACUUUAUCAUUACAUCAUGAAUAUGAUGAAGAAGAAGAAGAAGAACAACCAGAAAUUGAUGAAGCUGCUCAACAAGAAUUUGCAAAACAUGAUGAAACCAAUCCAGGUAUUUAA